GACAGGACGUGGGGCUGUAUCUGACAGGAACCUGAGGGGCUGGCCCGGGAGGGGAUUGGGGCCCAGCUUCCUGAAGGGAGGAUGGGCUAAGGCAGGCACACAGUGCCAGAGAAGAUGCCCUCCUGGGCUCUCUUGGUGGUCACCUCCUGCCUCCUCCCGGCCCCCCAAAACCUGGCACAAGUCACCAGCCAAGAUGCCUCCUUGCUGGCCUCGGACUCAAAGCCCCUGAACUGUUUUUCUCAAACAUUUGAGGACCUCACUUGCUUCUGGGAUGAGGAAGAGGCAGCGCCCAGCGGAACAUACCAGCUGCUGUAUGCCUACCCAGGGGAGGAGCCCCGGGCCUGCCCCCUGAGUUCCCAGAGUGUGCCCCCCUUUGGAACUCGAUAUGUGUGCCAGUUUCCAGCCCAGGAUGAAGUUCGUCUCUUCUUCCCACUGCACCUCUGGGUGAAGAACGUGUUUCUGAACCAGAACCUGACCCAGCGGGUGCUCUUCGUGGACAGCGUGGGCCUACCAGCUCCCCCCAGUAUCAUCAAGAUCACGAGCGGCAGCCAACCAGGGGAACUUCAGAUCAGCUGGAAGGCCCCAGCUCCCGAAAUCAGCGAUUUCCUGAGGCACCAACUCCGCUACGGCCCCCAGGACCCCAGGAACUCCACCGGUCCCACAGUCACGCAGCUGCUGUCCACAGAAACCUGCUGCCCAGCGCUGCGGGGGCUGAACCCAGCCCCCGCUCUGGACCAGCCUGUGUGUGUGCAGCCCGUGAUGCCCCAACAGUACGGACCACAGCAGACCUCCCCAGUCAGAGAAGCCUCAUCUCUGGCGGUGAUGAGUGGAAGCUGCCUUAUCUCCGGGCUCCAGCCUGGGAAGUCCUACUGGCUCCAGCUGCGCAGCCAACCUGAUGGGGUCUCCCUCCAUGGCUCCUGGGGACCCUGGUCUCUCCCUGCAACCGUGGACCUACCUGGAGAUGCAGUGGAAAUUGGACUGCAGUGCUUUACCCUGGACUUGAAGAACGUCACCUGUCAGUGGCAGCAACAGGACCAUGCUAGCUCCCAAGGCUUCUUCUAUCACAGCAGGCCGUGGUGCUGCCCCAGAGACAGGGACCCCAUCUGGGAGAAGUGUGAAGAGGAAGGGGAAAAUCCAGGAUUACAGCCCUCCCAGUUCUCCCGCUGCCACUUCAGGUCACGAAAUGACAGCAUUAUUCACAUCCUUGUGGAGGUGACCACGGCCCAGGGUGCUUUAUACAGCUACCUAGGCUCUCCUUUCUGGAUCCACCAGGCUGUGCUCAUCCCCACUCCAAACCUGCACUGGAGGGAGGUCUCCAGCGGGCAGCUGGCUUUGGAGUGGCAGCACCCUUCGUCCUGGGCAGCCCAAGAGACCUGCUAUCAGCUCCGAUACACAGGAGAAGGCCACGAGGACUGGAAGGUGCUGGAGCCACCUCUAGGGGCCCAGGGAGAGAUCUUGGAGCUGCGCCCACGCUCCCGGUACCGUUUACAGCUGCGCGCCAGGCUCCAUGGCCCCACCUACCAAGGUCCCUGGAGUGCCUGGUCCGACCCAGUGAGGGUAGAGACCACCUCCGAGACAGCCUGGAUCUCCUUGGUGACUGCUCUGCUCCUGGUACUAGGCCUCAGCGCUCUCCUGGGCCUGCUGCUGUUGAGGUGGCAGUUUCCUGCACACUACAGGAGCCUGAGGCAUGCCCUGUGGCCUUCACUUCCAGACCUGCACCGGGUCCUCGGCCAGUACCUUAGGGAUGCUGCAGCCCUGAGUCCGCCCAAGGCUGCAGUCUCAGAUGUCUGUGAGGAAGUGGAACCCAGCCUCCUUGAAAUUCUACCUAAGUCUUCAGAGAAGACUCCCUUGCCCCUGUGUUCCUCCCAGGCCCAGGUGGACUACCGAGGAUUGCAGCCCUCUUGCCUGGGGACCGUGCCCCUGUCUGUGUGCCCACCCAUGGCUGAGUCAGGGUCCUACUGCACCACUCACAUUGCUAACCAUUCCUACUUACCACUGACCUGUUGGCAGGCCCCUCACUCCCAGUACCCUGGACAGAUCCAAACCCUCUAGACCUUUCUUCCACCCUCUCAACCCACCCCGCCCACCCCCACACCAUAUACAUCUCAGACCUCACUUCCAAUCCCCUUGUUGAGCCUCAAAGCUGGGCUUCACAACAGUGAUCUGGUAGCACUGCUGCUGACAUAAAUCCAGAACCCUCUUUCCUCGGGCAAGGCUCAUUCAUUUGACUACGUUCUGAUUCCACCUUCUGUCUCUCUCCUCUUUAAUGCCACACUCCCUGAAAAGAAGUCUUCACUUCCCCACUUCUCAUUUGCUCUUUGGACUCCUUUAAUUGGUUCUACUACCACUUCGCUAAUGAAACUGCUGAGGCAAAGUUCACUUCAAACUUUCUAAUUGUAAGAUCCCAUAGAUUCUCGUUAACCCUUCAGUUAUUUGAUCUCUCUGUGGCAUCUGUCAUGGUGACUACUUGUUUCUCCUUUAAAUUUUCUCCUGCCUCGGUUUCCGUAGCAUCACGGUCUCUCCUGGCUUUGCCCCUCCGGUAGUUAAAGGCAUAAACUCGGUAAUCAGCACGAAGUUCCAUUUCUGUCAUCCCACUUACUAGCUGUGGGUAAAUAGAGUCUUUGAGCCAUA